GGCGGCGACUUGCUGCAGCAGACACGCCUCUGGGGAGGAACCUGACCCGGUUUCCCAUGCGAGGCAGAAUCGAAACGCGGCACUGGACGGUCGCCUGUUCGGAGGCUGGGUCAUGCGCUGCAGCCCGGGCUCCGCUCUGCCGGCGAGGUCCGGGGCGCUCCUCGCGCUCCUGGCCGCCCCUGCGCUGCUCGUUUUGGCCCUCCUUGUCUCGGGCCCUUGGCGGCUGCUGGACUCCCCAAUGCCCCCGAGCCUGAUGCGGGAGCUGGAGCAGCGGGAGGCGGAUCUGCGGCGCUUGGCUGCGUCCGCCCGGGCUGCUUGCGCCUUUUCUCCCGCCGCGGGCGCGUUGGGUUGCGCAGAGCUGAGCGGCGCGACGGGCGUGCGCUUGGUGGGCUCCGGGAUUACCAAGCUGGUGCAGAGGGCUGUCCUGCCCCGCGGAGGAGGCCACGAGGUCGCCCUGAAGUCCGUGCACCCGGCCGGCCGCGACGUGAGCCUCUGCGCGCAACGCUACGCGCACCCGAGCGGCUGCUACCGCCUGGCCGCUUACAAGCUGCUCAAGGAGAUGGUUCUGUUGCAGAGCUUGGAGCAUCCCGGCGUCGUCAAGUUGCGUGGUCAGUGCUAUGAUCCUAGCUUAGUUCCUGAAAUGAAGGUGGUCACCGUUUUGGAGUUGGGUGUUCCCCUGGAGAUGAUUCAACUUCUGCAGACCCCCUGGGAGGAGAGAUUUAAACUUUGCCUGGAGCUGGCUGAGCUGCUCCAUUACUUGGCCAAGUCUCCUCUGGGUUCCCUGGCCCUCCUGGAUUUCCAGCCCAGGCAGUUUGUCAUGGUGAACGGGGUCCUCAAAGUCGCAGACCUGGAUGACGUGAGCACUGAGGAGUUGUCCUGCGAAGGGCAUGGGGACUGCACCCUGGAAUUCCCCACUAAAAGCUUCUCUCUCAGGUGUUCUGCGCAGGGGAAGUGCGAAGGAAUAAAUGAGAAAAGGAACCUCUUCAAUGCUUACCGGUAUUUCUUCACUUAUCUCCUGCCACAUACUGCACCUUUCGUUUUGCAACCCAUUCUGAAGGAUAUCCUGAAUGCCACAGGUGAUUUGCGAUAUGGAACAAAUGAAACCCUGAGAGCUUUUCACAGAGUUUUGCAUUUAUACAAGUCUGGACUUUAUCUGCAGAAAAAGCCUUCUCAAUUGAAAGACUACAUUGCCUUAAAGGGCUUCCACAGCAGGGAUACAGAGGACUACAAGUGCUGGCCAUCCUAUCGCCACUUGGGGUGCGUGCUCUCUGUUCACAACGAAGAGGAAGCUGCCGCCAUUUGCAGCUCCCAUCCUCAGUGCCAACAUUUCUUCAUCACUCUGCAGACAACGUGGACAGGAAGGCCACUUGCUUUGUUUCGAAGCAACUUGACCGAAUUAAUUCCAGGCGGCGACAGAGUGGUUUAUGUUAAGCGAUCUGCAGCGUCAAAGACAAGCCUCUUACAAGGAGACUGGGAGAAUACGGAGCUCUCGGACAAGGAAUAAUCACUGGGACUAACUUCAUCCACUCAAGAGUUGAUGAUGUGCUUCAUUUCUGCUUCGCGAUCUUUCUCUGGGACUUCUCAAGUUAAUGGGUGGCGUUUGAAUGAUCAAAGCAAACCUUCCUUUUUCAUAAGAUGGAAUAACCUGGACAAGUUGUUUACAUGAUCCCAGGCACAAUGGUCAGAAAUGUGCACAACUUGAUGUAAAGCACCACUAAAGCCUUAUAAUGGAUUGGCAGCAGCUGUGUCAGCCAAGCAGUAGUUGUUACCAUGAAAUUACCUUGUUGUGCCAGCUCUAUGUGGUUGUAUCAGUCCAGCUGGGAACAGGCAUAGAUGGAAGCAGGCUGUUAUGCAAACAGUUCCUGUCCCAGAUAACAGUUUUUGUUCCCAACAGACCUGCAAGUAGAUGGUCUCCUCUGAAAUGUCUGAUCAGCACUGUUCAGCUCUUUUAGGUUUCCUGGCUGCCAUCUUCUUUUGGAUGUAGGGAUCAUUGCAGACUCAGGGUGUGUCCAAGUGUCUUAAAGUUUAUUUAUAAGUACACAGGUCCACCUAGGCUCAAACACUCCCAGCAGCAAAUUCUACUGUUUCACAACAGCUCUCCUGAGAGAAAGCUCAACUCCCAGUGCUUUCCAGAACUCCAAAGUCCGCAAAAUUCUCCCUGUCUUCCUCUCCAUCUGAAAUUCCUAAAUCUAGUGUGUCCUUUUUCGCGGACACACAUAUUCAGAUCUAGAUUACAUCAAGGGUAGGUAUGCCUUCUGCCAAGAUGUCUGUACCCUGACAUUCUUGACUAGUUAUGAGCUAUUGAUCUCUUAAUUUCCCUGGCAAGAAAUGCCUGUCUUAAAGGAACAUUACAGUAGCCUUUGUGACUCCAUUAACUUCCCAACACAUGAAAACACACCCCUUUCUUAAAUACAACAAUAUAUCGGACAAAUGAUUGUUUCACUAUAGCCAGUAAAGAGGAAAGAAAAAGGGAUACGUAUUUCAUUUUUGGAUACAGAGUCUUUGUUGGUGGUUUUGGUUUGAUGUAUAGCUUUUAUUUUUAAGUAUCAACCUUGGAGGUUUUUUCAGUGUUACUUUCAGUGAAAGAAAUCCUGCUGAGCAAAAUGUUCAAACUAAUUAUGUAUAAAAAGCAUGUGUUAUAUAAAGGGAUUGCUUUUUU